AUGUCUCCCUGUCCUGCUGGCUGCUGCUGUCCUCACCCGGGAUUUCUGGUUUUGUGCGAGUCCCUGGGUCUCCGGUCACUUCCUCGCUCUGUCCCUCUCAGUACUUCAGCUUUAUCUGUUGCCAGAAACCAGCUCUGUAACGUGGACCACCUGCUCCGGCCAUUCUCGGGCCUGCAGGAACUGAGCCUCAGCCAUAAUCUGCUGGCCCGCUUCCCUCGCGGACUGCCUCCCAGUCUGGAGUCCCUGCUCCUGCAAGAAAACCACAUCACUUAUAUCACCUCUGGCGCCCUACGGCAACUGAGGAACCUCACUCGUCUGGAUCUGGAGGACAACCGCAUCCGGGCUAUCCAACCUGGGGCACUUCAAGGUCUGAACAAGCUCCAGGUCCUGACAUUGAAGGGCAACAAGCUCACAAGCCUCCCUCUGAAUCUUCCUCCAUCACUGACCCAUUUAGACCUCUCAGAAAACUGCAUCUCUGUCCUGGACCUGCCCUCGCUGUCUGCCCUGGUCAACCUGCAGGUCCUGAAGAUCAACAGCAACUGCCUGCGUUCAGUCCCAGAGAGUGCCUUUGACAGCCUGCCACGUCUCAGAUCAGUGGACCUGAACAACAACCUGUGGGUAUGCGAGUGUGACAUUUUGUAUCUUUACCGCUGGCUGCUGAGUGGCAGGGUGAGGAUGGCCACAGACCUGGUGUGCACCGAGCCCGUCCAUCUUGCUCACCGUCUGCUUCUGAACCUCUCUGUUGUGGGUAUCUGUCCUCGUGUCCUGAAGCCAAAUGACAAGACGCACCAGCUGGACCUCAACUCUACACCAGAGAGAAAGCUAAAGAUGCUUACCGUGAAGCCCACACGAACAAACCUAUUUGAAAAUAAGAGUUAUUUGGGAAACUUGUCAAAGCAACUGUUGCAAGUAACAACAGCUGGACUCCUUUCUAAAGAACCUCCCAAGACUCGUGUAUUACUUGAACAGUACUCUUUAGAGACUUUCACCUAUGAGGAGUGUUUGUCCCUAAACAAAACACAGCCAGUCAGCCCACCACAUUUAAAAAUCACUACUCUUCUCCCUGACGGGGAACAGAAAUGCAGAGACAACAUCACAGGUCAGUACCCUCAGAUUAAUGCAACCGUUGCUGAAGGAACACGAUCUUUGCUCUCUACAAACAGAGACUCACCCUGGCCGACUCCCGACCCUCGACCGAAUACACAACAAGACUCUGCAGUGGUCAUCUCUCUGCUCACUGCCUUAUGUGUAUUAGUAGCUCUCCUAAUGUUGGCAGUGCUACUUGUACUGAAAAAGGUGCUUCUGCACCAACAGCGGGUGGCUCCACUCGAUGGAGGAUCUGGUGCGUGA